GAGAGAGAGAGAGAGAGAGAUAUGGAAUUGCCGGAAGGAUGCAUCGCUGAUAUACUGUGUCGCACUACUCCGUUGGAUGUCGCCAGGAUCUCAGUCAUUUCUAAGAUCUUCUCCUCUGCCGCUGAUUCUAAUACCAUUUGGGAACAUUUUCUCCCUUCUGAUUAUCGUUCCAUCAUUUCCAUGUCUCCUUCCUUGGCCAAUGCUCCUUCAAAAAAAGCCAUAUAUCUCGCUCUCUCUGAUCACCCUAUCAUCAUUGACCAGGGUAAAAAGAGCUUUCAAUUGGACAGGAAGAGUGGGAAGAAAUGUUACAUGCUUGCUGCCAGAUCUCUCUACAUUUCUAGCGGUGACGAUGAACAUUACUGCCACUGGGUCACCCUCCCUGAGUCUAGGUUUGGAGAAGUUGCCAUGCUUAAAGUUGCGUCCAGGUCUGUUAUUUGUGGGAAGAUAAAUACUGUUGAUUUGUCCCCAAACACUCAAUAUGCAUCUUUUCUUGUUUUUAAGUUGAUCAAUGCUCAUGGAUUUCAUUGCAAACCUAUGUUGUUAUGGAUUAACAUUUCUGGAGGCCCUAUCUGUUCUAAGGCGGUUUGUUUGGACUUGAGGUCAAAAGGUAGGGACAAUAUAUUCAAAUUUCGAAAUGUGAGAAGUGAUGGCUUGUUGGAGAUUGAGAUAGGGGAGUUCUUCAAUUCAGGCCUAGAAGAUGGUGAAGUAGAGAUGCGUGUUAUGAUGAUAAAGGGGAAUGGUAGUUUCUAUCUUGAAGGAAUAGAAGUUAGGCCUAAAAUUCUCAUCACAUGAAAAAUGGUAGAUAGGCCUAGAAAAUAUGUUAAGGGUAUUGCAACUUUUGUGGUAGAAAAUAUGGUCUCCAAAUGAAUUUCUUUUUCAUUUCUUAGUUUUUGACCAAAUAAACUUAUUAUGUGUCUGUUUGU